CACACAUAGGCGCUGAGAGGUCGUCCCUGGUCCAUCUUGUCUCCUUUUCUGCGCGCCGCAUUCCAUUACAAAAAGACAUCUCUAAUUCGAACCCCAGCCUGUUUUGAAUUCCUCUAUCUGCUUGUCCCGUGAGGAAACACCUGCCGGAGGAUACGGACGGAACGAGAGGAGCGGGAGUCAGGGAGGAAAGCUCCCCCGCCGAAAGCGUCAUGGCAGCGGAGAGAACCGCGGCUUCCUUACGCGCAUCCACCUGAGGCUUGUCAUAUUUGCAACGUCUCCGUUCAAGGAACUUUUGGCCCACAUACGGACACUUAACUACUACUAGGAACUAUUACUUUUUAUUUAGGGGGGAUUUUAUUGGACAUUUUUGAAGAGGAUGAUGAUGGUGCUGUGUGCCUACAUCAAGUUGGCAAUCAUCUUGAAUUGGUCGUGCCUCACAAGUGGUUAUUUGGCGGAAGAGCGCUGGCCGAAAAUCUCGCCUUCCGAGAAUUCCAUCGUUCUUCACCGGGGCGACCCUCUUCAUCUCACAUGCAGGGGGCACGGCCAUCUGCAAUGGACACUUCCAAAGUUGGUGGACCCCAGACGGGUCAUUUCCUGGGAGAACAUGAAAGUGCAGCGGUGUGAUUCCAGACAUGCGUCGCACUGCAGCAAACUGACAAUCACAAACUUGAACGCCACUCACACGGGGGAGUACAGUUGCCGUUACUCCAGAGGAGGCUCGGACCACGUCGCGUCCACAUAUGUCUACGUCACAGAUCCAGAGCAGCCAUUUGUGGAGCCCCAUGAUCAGACACCUCACGUGCUGUUCAUCCCCCGCCAUGAGACCAGUUUGGUAAUUCCUUGCCGCACGUCCCACCCCAGAACUGUUGUGACACUAAGUCAGCUUUACAGUUCACAGAAGAUUGUCAAUGAAUGGGACCCAAAAGUGGGCUUCACAAUUCCCUACACCUCGGAAAUCGUGUACGAUAUUUUACUCUGCACCACUGUCGUCAAUGGUCAUGAGUUCACCUCCAUGUACAUGCCCAAGAGACUAUCACUGUUUCUCGAGAACGUCACCGUUACCCCGGAGCGGGUCAGGGUGUUGGUUGGCGACACGCUCUUCCUCAACUGCACCGGCGUGACCACCUAUGGUGAAAGAAUCAACUUUACGUGGGAUUUUCCAAGAAAGAAAGACAACCGCCAUUUCACCAACAAGACCAAAGACAGCACCACUCUUACUUUCACCAUGAGCAAGGCAUUAGUACUGCCCAACAUCUCAAUGGAGGACAAGGGCUUGUAUCGUUGCAGAGCUGAGGUCGCACCCACCAAGCAUUCCAAUGCCACGGCUAAAGUCAUCGUCUAUGAGCACCCCUUCCUCAACGUCUCAUACAAGCACCAGAGUACAAUGGUUGUCAAGGAGGGCAUGAAGAGGCUGGUAUUCGAGCCCAAGGUCAACGCUCUGCCACCACCGAAUAUGCUGACAUGGCAUAAAGACGGCGUGCCCAUCCUGAAAAAUUCCUCCUGCUACAAGAUUUCCGGUUACAACUUGAUCAUCUCUGACGUACAGCAGAAACACGAAGGGGUCUUCACCAUAAGCCUCGGCAACCGAGCUCAUCGCCUGUACCGGAACCUGACCUACACGUUGCAAGUCAAGGUGAAGCCAAGUAUUUCCGAGUCAGAGUUUGCCCCGGUGGAUAUUCAGCCCAAAAUGGUUGACGAGCGCCACGAGCUAACUUGCACCGUCUCCGGGAGACCGGUUCCAAACAUCACCUGGCUCUGGCAACCCUGUCACGCAGGCAAGGCCCUCAAAAGAUGCGUCAUCGACUCCGAGCCAACGGUGGUCAACGUUAUGGAAAAGAGAAACGCCAGCAACUGGAUUGAAAGUCUAAGUACAAAACCUAAAGUGGUUCAAGGAAAAAACAAGACUUUGAGCACCCUGGUAAUUGGAAAAGCCUUUGUGUCGGGAAAUUACUCCUGUUUGGCCCAGAAUGAAGAGGGCAAAAGCAUCCAUUCCUUCCCUUUCUUUGUUAGCGAUCACCAAGCCAUUUCCAUCCAGCCUCAGUCGGCUUUGGAGAGGGACGACAUCACUUUGAGCUGUCGGGCUUCCCGUUAUCUCUACACGGACCUGCAGUGGCUGGAUUCCCGGAAUCGAAACGUCAUCUCAAACGUAUCUCGUCUGAAGCUUGACCGCUACUCAAUCGCCAUUUCUCUCAGUUUGCGAAACGUCAGCAAAAAAAGUGUGACGGGUUACAAGUGUCGAGCCUUCAAGAUGCAAAAUAAGAUGGAAGUCAAGUCGGCUACUUUGAAUGUCAUCGCGAGAACGCAGCCGUGGCUAAGUCAGAAUCUCACCGAUCGGGACGUGAACAGCAGCAACACUCUGAUGCUGACCUGCCUGGCGCAGGGGGUCCCUCAGCCCAACAUCACGUGGUACAAAAAUAGCGUUCUACUUGAGGAAGGCCCAGGAAUCUCUUUGAGGAGGGACGGCACGCUCAUCAUCGAGAGGGUGAAGAAGGACGACGAGGGUCUCUACGAGUGCGUGGCCAGUAACAGCGAAGGUGUCAGCAAGACCAGCGCUUCGGUCACCGUGCUCGGGGAGGAAGGGAGGCCGAACGUGGAGGUUAUAAUUCUGGUGUGCACUGGAGCCGUCGCCACCUUCCUUUGGCUCAUGCUCAUCCUCUUCAUCCGCAAGCUGAGAAAGCAACAGCCCGCACACUACAAAAUGGGUCCAUCCAUCAUCAUUGACCCCGACGAGUGUCCUCUGGAUGAACAGAACGAUCUCCUCCAGUACGACAGCAGCAAAUGGGAGUUUCCUCGCGACCGUUUAAGAUUAGGCAAAACUCUCGGCCAUGGCGCUUUUGGAAAAGUGGUGGAGGCUUCCGCCUUUGGGAUUGACAAACUUUCCACCUGCAAGACUGUUGCAGUCAAGAUGCUGAAAGGCGGCGCGACGUCCAACGAACGCAAAGCCCUGAUGUCGGAGCUCAAGAUCCUGAUUCACAUCGGCCACCACCUCAAUGUGGUCAACCUGCUGGGCGCUUGCACCAAGCCUGGAGGGCCCUUGAUGAUGAUCGUGGAGUUCUGCAAAUACGGCAAUUUGUCCAACUAUUUAAGAAGCAAGAGAGAUGACUUUGUGGUUUACAAGAGUCAGGACGGCAAGGUGUCGUCGGGGACGGCGAGCGAGCUGAGCGAAUUGAUGAAACGCCGUCUGGAGAGCGUGGCCAGCACGGGAAGCUCGGCCAGCUCCGGUUUCAUUGAAGAUAAAAGCUACUGUGAUUCCGAAGAAGAGGAAGAAGAAUCUGAGGAUUUAUACAAGCGAGUUUUGACUUUAGAAGAUUUGAUUUGCUACAGCUUCCAAGUUGCAAAGGGCAUGGAGUUUUUGGCCUCUCGCAAGUGCAUCCAUCGGGAUCUGGCUGCUCGAAACAUCCUUCUCUCCGAGAACAACGUGGUGAAGAUUUGUGAUUUUGGGCUGGCCAGAGACAUCUACAAGGACCCCGACUAUGUGCGCAAAGGAGAUGCCCGGCUGCCGCUCAAGUGGAUGGCUCCCGAGGCCAUUUUUGACAAGAUCUACACCACUCAGAGUGACGUGUGGUCCUUUGGUGUCCUCAUGUGGGAGAUCUUCUCCUUGGGCGCGUCGCCGUACCCCGGUGUACAAAUCGACGAGGAGUUUUGCUGCAGACUCAAAGAAGGCACCAGGAUGAGAGCCCCGGAAUACUCUUCUUCUGAAAUAUAUCAGACCAUGUUGGAGUGCUGGAAGGGGGAAGCACAGGAGCGGCCCACCUUCACCGAGCUGGUUGAACAGUUGGGAGACUUGCUUCAGGCCAGCGUGCAGCAGGGAGGGAAACACUACAUACCCAUCAACACCACCCUGCUGGCCAAAGUCGGAGACCUUGACGGCGACAAGAUGAUCGAAGAAACGCCCACCCGGCCUGUUUCGCAGCGCGACUCGAGCGGCACUUGGAACAUCAAAAUCAGACCGGCCAGCGUCAAAACCUUUGACGAGGUCACUGUGGAUGGCGACAACGAUUACGUUCACCAGGGCAUGCAGUGUGACAGCGGGAUGGGCCUCUCGUCCGACAACAUGAACACUCUGAAGAAGCUGGAGUCCCUGGCCGGACGACCGCUCAGCAUUAUGGCUCUGGCUAUGAAAGCGAUGAGCAAGAGCAAAGAGUCGGUCCUAAGCGAGCCUGACAAGGACAGGUACCCGGCAAACGUUCCUCCUCUGGACCUCAAUCUAGACGACUCGGCGUUGGACGCCGACCUGGAAUGUCACAGCCCACCACCUGAUUAUAACUACGUGGUGCGCUACUCCACACCGCCCGUGUAAGCUUUUGCCUCAAGAACAUCGGCCAAACUGUGAACUGUGAAUAGAACGAUGGGCGAGCCGGGCUGACUUUGCGGGGGGGCUCGGGCGUUUGUGAAAUGUGGCUCAGGUAUUUCACCCGGCUCCAUAUCAGGCUUUUCUACUGUGAAACAGCUCCACAAGGUCCAGCAAGCGACACGCAAGAGGAAGAGACACACCUCAUGUUAAGCUCAUGUCAAAAAUGAAAGGUUUUGAAAAGGAGACCAUGAUGCUUUUGUUUGCCCCACAAUUCACAACAGUUCACAAGUGUCUUAAUAAUGCUCCUAACGCCAUGAGAAUUGAUUUCUCUUGCCACUAACAACAAAGCUGUGAACUCUUCACUUAGCUUCAACAUAGUUCGUUUGCCACAAAAACAUUUGACUAUAAUCCCAGAUGCCAAACUGCAAGUAUGCAAGCCUCAGCGUAUUUCAUUCAAAAGUCCAUUUUGAUCACAGACCAGCUUACCUGUUGACUUUAAUGUGUCUGUACAAAGACUGCCAAAGGUGCCAACUCAACUAUUUGUAUGCAGGUCAUCCAAAAGUUAACUUUUCCAUCACUGCUUACCUUUUGAGUAAAAUGUUCCAUGCUCUGAAUUCAUUGUCAUCCUCCCCUUUACAGACAACUAAUCAUAUGCAAAAAGCUAAAAGUUUUUUUGAAUGUUUUAUUGCAGCUCUGCUUAGGUUUUGGCUUUAAAGUAGUAAUGUAAAUGUCUCAUGUUUAAAGGUGUUACACAUAUUUACCAAAAUAUCCAAUUGCUCAGGUUGUCACUAAUGAAUCCAAGUUUUGUUUGAAUUGUAAACCGAAGGAACCCAUAAGUCAACAAGAUAGAAGCAUGAUUAAAAUGUUAUAGGGAGCUUAUGUUAUUUCUUUUCAAACACAAAGUAGGUAUUUAUUUCACUUGUAAACACUGUCGACUCUGAACUUGAGCGUGUGUGGAGUGAUGUUCAAGCAAAGCUGACUGUAUUGACCAACAGGAUUCAGCGGGUUUCCUCCUCAUCGUUGCUGUCAUGUUAGUGAACGCUUGCAGGGCGGCUAUCUUUCAUUGUUUUUCAUUUAUUUGUAUUGAGAAUGUCAUAAGGAAAGUAAACAGUAAGUAAGGGUUGAAUAAAAGCACCGUGGAGCAAUUGUGUACUGUUUCAUGGCCACCAUAGCACAACCGACAAGAGAGAUCUAAAAGUGAUGAAUUGUUAUGUGCCGAGGAAAUGAUGAUGCACUGAUACUUUAUAUUUUCAUAUUCUAAUUGUAUAUUUUAUUUAACAGUAUUGUAACUCACAAGUCGUACAAUUAACAGCUAACUCCAUUAGCCAUGUUCAUUCAACCUACUAUGUUGGAAUAUUCCAGUUGACCAAAAUGUCAAUGUCGAUGCAGCUUAUCUGGAAUAUUUUUAUUUUUUAUUUUUAACACCUAUGUAACCUGCAACAGUUAAAAAAACAUGUACUUUGUUUGUCAUUCGCCUUCAUUUGUGUAGUGUAACAAGUUUUAUUAUGUUUCCCAACACUGUUGCUGAGCAUAUCAAGCAAAUAAAUAAAGAUCUAUAUAUUUAUACUUUCAA